GAAUCGUCCAUCGACGAUUCAGCUACCGUACAAGGUAUUUAAACGCGACACUACUUUCUUGGAUAACGAUACCAAUUUACCUAUAUGGAAACGCGUGAAAUCUUACGCGACUUGAGAAUUUUAAUUAACACACCGGUGAAUCGGGAAGAAAGUAAGACACGUUUAUUUGGCGGGAUAAUCAGAAGAAAACUAAUAAGAAUAAAGAUCCCUUCGAUACGGACCGAAGAUACAAAAUGAAGAUAUCGCGGAGAAGAAAGAGGAGAUUAUGUCGUAUGUUAAUAAAAAGAAGAAAGAAGAAAUGGUUGUAAUGUAUGUAAAUGUAGACAAUUAGUCGGAUAGCCCGUAAACGGUAUACAUGGAAUGGAUGGUGCGGAUGUUGUAUGUUGUGACGGAGAAGGGCGCGUGGAACGUUACCAGGUCAUUAAUCGGCACUCGACCGUCGAGCGGUGAACAUUCGUGCGUAUACCUCGCUACCUGAAGGUUCGGCUGUCGCGACUUAACGGUUAUUUCUUUCUGUGACACGAAGAAAGAGGAUCGCCUUGAGGAGAGCAAAGCUUGGCUACUUCGUAAAGUGUGAAAGGCUAACUUAACGUUCCCGCCAGUCGAACAGGGAAACGCUUCCGGUGCGACAGCAACAGCUGUCAUCUAACAGUAAAAUAAUAUAAUCCUCCAAGUGAAACGAAACGGUGAUACUGCACAAAUUUCAGUGAAUAUCGCGAAACACUAAAAUAAAAUGUUGUAAAAAAAAUAGCGGCUGUAGUGAUGUAAAUAAUAAAAAGCUACGUCGACCAACUACCGGAGGUAUACUUAUGCAGAGGAGAGGUAUCGAGCAGCGAGUCGCAUCGAAUUUAAGCAUAAGGGGAGAAGUCGAGUGGAAGCGGAAGUAUGCGGAAUUAAAGUCUCGUUGGACGAAUUAUUUGGUCGGCGAGGAAGGAGAAUAAAAUAGUCGAGUGUAUUCGUUGGACGAGUGCAGUGUAUUCGAGGUUCGCGAUGGUGUUCGUGCGCCUUCACGCGGCUAACAUACCGAAGGAACGUUGAUGGGGCAGAAAGAAAUCGUUUCAACGGCUCGAAGAUGACUGUCGCGAUGGAACACAAGCGGAAGAGCUCGUGGGAUUCGAAGAUCUCGGUGAGCACGGUAAGCACCAGAAGAUUCAGCCGUGCCGGAACACCGAGCUCGAUCCUCUCGUCGGACAGCGAUAUUCGAUUCACGAGGAAACUCGGUGGACAAUAUCGUUGCGGAUGCUGCGUGUUGGCUGCGUUUUUGCUCUUUCUCCUCUUUUCGGGAGUCUCCAUAUACCUUGGUUACACGUUCCUAACGUCGGAUCCCCCAGGUGAUCAGAUUUUCUUGGCAACAUUCCGUGUUGUCGAAGGAGACUCUUUCGCUUCGGAACUAGCGGAUCCCUCUACCGAGGCCUUUCGGAUACGAUCUCGAGAGUAUCGCGAUCGAUUGAAUCUUAUCUUCCGUCGUAGCUGGAUGAAGAUCUCUUUCCUCGCCACUGAGGUGUUAGCGUUGGAUGGAUCCGAGGGUGGCGAUUUGGUGGUGCACUUUGAAGUUCGAUUCGAUCCACGCUACCAAACCAUUACCACUGCCGACGUCGUGGACAUCCUAUCGCGGGAGAUAAAUCACGAAACUUCAAAGUACUUGACCAACUUGACGAUAGAUUCGCAAAGUUUGGAAGUUCAGGAGAGCUUGAAAGCUCUGAACGCUCAAGUUAGCAUGCAAACGACCGUUUCGACGCCUCCGCCAACGACCACGAUGCCUCCUCCUAGAAGAUGCAGCAAUUUAGAUUUGUCUUAUUGCAAACAUCUUCCAUAUAACGUUACCUCUUAUCCAAACGUAUUGGGACAUCGUUCGCUGGCUGACGUGGAGGAUGACGUGAUCGCUUUCAGAGAAUUGGUCGAUGCGGAAUGUUAUCGAUUGGCGUACGAUUUUGUGUGCCAAGUGUUGCAACCAGCUUGCGUACCGAAUCAACCGGAAGAUUUGCUACAUUUACCGUGCAGAAGUUUCUGCAGAGAAUUCUGGAACGGAUGUGGUAGCAGACUACCGGACCGAAUCAAGCGGUUAUUGGACUGCUCAAACUUUCCAGAGUACGCGGACCAAGGUGGCUGCCGAGCGAAACCAGGGUGCGUACAAGCGCUUCAAGCGAAAGCAUUGUCGCCGAGAAUUUGCGACGGCGUGAUCGACUGCCCUGACCUUUCCGACGAGAAGAAUUGCGCGUACUGUCGCGACGGUUAUAUGCACUGUGGUGUAGGUAGAACUUGCAUUCCGCGUAGUAAAAGAUGCGAUGGAAAGGUGGACUGUACCAACGGCAGCGACGAAAAAGAUUGUCUGUCAUUGGCGCCAAGUAUUCGAGCAGUAAAAGCUCAACCCGCGGAUACUCCGCACGCCGCGAAGUACAACAGCGAAGGGUUCGUGAUGUUCAACGAGAAAGGUACUGUCGGUAAGCUGUGUACCGAAAAUCUCAACGCCACGCUGCCAGGAACGGAAAUAGACGACGUUAUUCAAACUGCCGCUAGUUCGCUGUGCAGUUUAUUGACGUACACGGGUGUGAAAUCCGUAGAGAUUCGAAUCGACGACGAGGACGACGUUCAGUACGUGCACAUGGAGGAUCCAUCGGCCACGGAAAUCACGUUCGUCAGGGCGCCUUGUCCGAGCAAAGAAGUUAUGUACGUCCAGUGUGCCGAACUCGAAUGUGGGGUACAACCCUUACGCGGAAAGGGUAGCACCCGAGGUCUGAAUAAGAUGGCCGAGCCAGGAGACUGGCCCUGGCACGUGGCGCUUUUUAAGGAAGAGGUACACGUGUGCGAUGCCACUCUCGUGGCGGAAAAUUGGUUGGUCACCACAGCCUCGUGUUUCCAAGGUCAACCGAAGGCGGAAUGGUCCGCGAGAAUGGGCACUGUUCGACUCUCGAGUACCUCACCCUGGCAACAGGAACGUAGGAUCGUGGGCAUGAUUAAAUCACCCGUGGAAGGAAGCACGACGGUUCUGCUGAAGCUGGACCGACCUGUGACCACCUUUUCGGAUUUCGUGAGGCCCGUUUGCCUGCCCUCGAAUCAAGAUCCUCCGGUGAACGCGUCCCAAUGCAACACCCUCGGAUGGGCUAGAAAUCGCGAUCUGCUGCAGAGGGUACAGCUUAGGCACAGCGCGAUGGAGAAAUGCGAAAACAUUAGUAUCGCGUCUGUGAACAGCGUUUGCACCGAACCAGCUUAUUCCACUGACGAUUGCAACGAAGAAGAAGUCGCCGGCAGUCCUAUGUUGUGCCUUCAAUCGGACGGCCGUAGGUGGGCUCUAACGGGUGUCGGUAGUUGGCGAAUAGCUUGUUCGAAAGCCGGUAUCGAAAGGCCUCGUUUGUACGAUAAAAUUGCCUCGAAUAUCGCUUGGAUUAAAUCCACCAUCGAAUGACAGUGUUUUAUCUAAGAUGUUUAAUAAAUAAAGCUAUACUUUCGGUGGAACGUAUCGGUCGGAGAUACAGUGUCAGAUCGAUUAGGACUGAAAUCGAGAUUGUGAUACACGAUAUGGGAUCGUCGUUCGUUUCGUACAAUUUUUAUAUCAUCGUCUGUUUCUUCUUUGUUUAAUUAUUCGUUAUCGCGGCUGUAAAAUACGUGAAAAGUAAAUAUUGUAAAAUAGCACGUGCAUCGUACUUAUCCCUGCCUGCGUUUGUAAGGAACAGUGUUUUAUUAAAACGUGGAGGCUUAAGAA